CUCCAUUCUGCACCAGGGCCUCUCUGCGGUCUACAGCCGUUUGCAUUUCCUGAAACCGGAUCUUGGUGUCAGAGCCGCCCCUGUGCCGGGGCGGGCGCCUCAGCCAUGGCCCUGCGAAAGGAGCUGCUCAAGUCCAUCUGGUAUGCCUUCACCGCACUGGACGUGGAGAAGAGCGGCAAGGUCUCCAAGUCCCAACUCAAGGUGCUGUCCCAUAACCUGUACACGGUCCUGCACAUCCCCCAUGACCCAGUGGCCCUGGAGGAGCACUUCCGGGAUGAUGACGAUGGCCCCGUGUCCAGUCAAGGCUACAUGCCCUACCUCAACAAGUACAUCCUAGACAAGGUGGAGGAGGGAGCUUUCGUUAAAGAACACUUCGAUGAGCUGUGCUGGACGCUGACGGCCAAGAAGAACUAUCCGGCAGACAGCAAUGGAAACAGCCUGCUCUCCAAUCAGGAUGCCUUCCGUCUCUGGUGCCUCUUCAACUUCUUGUCUGAGGACAAGUACCCACUAAUCAUGGUUCCCGACGAGGUUGAGUAUCUGCUGAAGAAGCUUCUGGGCAGCAUGAGCUUGGAGAUGGGCUUGGGUGAGCUGGAGGAGCUGAUGGCUCAGGAGGCUCAAACUGCCCAGACCUCUGGGGGACUCAGUGUCUGGCAGUUCCUAGAGCUCUUCAACUCUGGCCGCUGCCUGCGGGGCGUGGGUCGGGAGUCCCUCAGCAUGGCCAUCCAAGAAGUCUACCAGGAGCUCAUCCAAGAUGUCCUGAAACAGGGCUAUCUGUGGAAGAGAGGGCACCUGAGGAGGAACUGGGCGGAGCGCUGGUUCCAGUUGCAGCCCAGCUGCCUCUGCUACUUUGGGAGUGAAGAGUGCAAGGAGAAAAGAGGCACCAUCCUGCUGGAUGCUCAGUGCUGUGUGGAGGUGCUUCAGGACCGCGAAGGAAAGCGCUGCGUGUUUUGUGUGAAGACAGCGAGCCGCACGUACGAGAUGAGCGCCUCAGACACGCGCCAGCGCCAGGAGUGGACGGCCGCCAUCCAGACCGCAAUCCGGCUGCAGGCCGAGGGGAAGACGUCGCUGCACAAGGACCUGAAGCAGAAACGGCGGGAGCAGAGGGAGCAGCGCGAGCGGCGCCGCCCGGGCCUCUAUGCAGGCUGAGAUGGAGUUGAAGAAGGAAGAGGCUGCCCGGCAACGGCAGCGCAUCGCCGAGCUGGAGGAGAUGCAGGAGCGGCUGCAGGAAGCCCUGCAGCUGGAGGUGAAAGCCAGGCGGGAUGAGGAGGCCGUGCGCCUCGCCCAGACCAGACUGCUGGAGGAGGAGGAGGACAAGCUGAGGCAGCUGAUGCACCUGAAGGAGGAGCAGGAGCGCUACAUCGAGCGAGCGCAGCAGGAGAAGCAGGAGCUGCAGCAGGAGAUGGCGCUGCAGAGCCGCUCCCUGCAGCACGCCCAGCUGCAGCUGGAGGAGGUGCGGCAGCACCGGCAGAGGGCGGGGGAGGACGUGGAGGCUGCUCAGAGGAAGUUGCGCCAGGCCAGCACCAACGUGAAACACUGGAAUGUCCAGAUGAACAGGCUCAUGCAUCCGAUUGAGCCAGGAGACAAGCGACCAACCACCAGCAGCUCCUUCACCGGCUUCCAACCCUCUCCACUUGCCCGCCGGGACUCCUCUUUAAAACGCCUGACCCACUGGGGUUCCCAAGGCAGCAGAACCCUUGCAGCCAACAGCAGUGAACGGAAGUCUCUCAAUGGUGGGGAUGAGACUCCUAUCCUGGCUUCUGCCUCUCAGGAAGAUAAACUGGAUCCAGCACCAGAAAAUUAACCUCUGAUGACCCCUUGUUCUUCUGACACUGUGUCUACUAGGACCUGGCUACAGCGGGCCUGUCGGCCACUCCAGCCACUGCAUAAAGUCCUGGGGCUACAGGCCUAGGCCUGAUGACCAGAAGCCUGUCCAAUGUGGUUGUCAUUGUCACCAGGCCCCGACCAUAGAGGCUGUCUGGGGUAUUACUACUGUGAUCAGGGUUGGGAAAGAAACUGAACAAUUAAGACAAAGGUCAUCUGUCCCCAAAGGUCAUCUGCCCUCUCCCCUGGAGACUACCACCAAGUCAUGGAGGCAUACUUCCAAAUAAAACUGCUCACAUCUGCCCACUGCUCCCUCCCUGCCUCCCUCCCUUUCUCCCUCUCACCCACUCUCCUUCCCAUCUUCCCUCCCCCAUCCCUCCUUCAAGUUCAAGGUCCCAGAGGCAGCAGGUAUGGUGAGGUGGUUAGGAGUAUGGACUGUGGGUUGAUGGCUCUGCCACUGUCUAGUAGGUGAACUUCUCCCUUCAUGCUGGUCAAUGAAGAUGGGCAUAGUCCCCGAUGGAGAGGGCCUGUAGGAGCAGGAACUCAUACUGGGAAUCAUCAUUAGUAUUAUCUGAAAUGUUUAUUGAGCAACUAUAGUCUGCCUGGAGGCCGCCUGCAUGACUUCAUUCCCCUAGCAACUCUAAGAGCUGGAUGACCAUCAUCCCAACGAUAGAGAUGCAGGCAGAUCAGGUAGUUUGCCCGAAACCUUUGAUCCCAUAUUCUCUCAACAUGGGCCUUGUUCCCUCGGACAAGAGGCCUGAGGUUCUAGACGCCACAGAGUUAGCUUCCAUCUUCACGCGCCCACCCCAAGCCUCCGGCUCACUAGGAUUGCUUGCUCUCCUCUGUGCUCUUGUCCCUCUCUCUAGUAUGCUCUAAGUCUAGGUUGCUGUCCUCCUUGCUCGUGUGUUGAAUGCUUGUCCCCAGCUAGGGGCACUAUUCUGGGAGACUGUGGAGCCUGUAGUGGGUGGGACCCAGCUGGGAAGUAGUUCACUAUGAGGCCAGCUCUGGUUCCUCUAUGCUGUCUGCUUCCCAUGUGGCCAAGAUGUAAACAACCAAGCCCAUCACCCCUGCUGCGAUGGAGUGAGCCCUCCCAAACCUAAGCAAAAAGAAAUCUUCCUGCCCUCUGUUGCUUGUGUCAGGCACUGUCAUGUGACACAGAAGUAACUAAUCCGCCCUCCUUUCCCGUCCUCACAGCUUCAGAGUGUGAACCAUUGACUCCUCCAUUUGGCCCCAUGUUUAAUAAAUCGCCAAGCCUAA